AUGCGUUGCUUUUCUCUGUCCCGCUUGCCUGCUAUCUAUCUAUCUAUCUAUCUAUCUAUCUCUUUCUAUUACUCUGUGAUAUUGCAAUUCUUCUUUUCCUCUCUUUCUUUCUUUCUUUCUUUCUUUCUUUCUUUCUUCUAUCUUAUAUAUAUUGAAAUUGUUGCACUUGUUCUAUCUAUCUAUCUAUCUAUCUAUCUAUCUAUCUAUCUAUCUCAAAUUUCAUGUCUUUUGUUCAAUCAUCUAUCUAUCUAUCUAUCUAUCUAUCUAUCUAUCUAUUGUACACUUAUCUCUCUAUCAAUCUAUCUAUCAGUUGCAGUCUUUUCUAAUCUAUCUAUCUAUCUAUCUAUCUAUCUAUCUAUCUAUCUAUUGUACACUUAUCUAUCUAUCAAUCUACUUAUCUAUCUAUCAAUCUAUCUAUCUAUUGUAGACUUAUCUAUCUAUCAAUCUAUCUAUCAGUUGCAGUCUUUUCUAAUCUAUCUAUCUAUUGUACACUUAUCUAUCUAUCUAUCUAUCAAUCUAUCUAUCUGUUGCAUUGCAGUCUUUUCUAAUCUAUCUAUCUAUCUAUCUAUUGUAGACUUAUCUAUCUAUCAAUCUAUCUAUCAGUUGCAGUCUUUUCUAAUCUAUCUAUCUAUCUAUCUAUCUAUCUAUCUAUCAGUUGCAGUCUUUUCUAAUCUAUCUAUCUAUCUAUCUAUCUAUCUAUCUAUCUAUUGUAGACUUAUCUAUCUAUCAAUCUAUCUAUCUGCUGCAGUCUUUUCUAAUCUAUCUAUCUAUCUAUUGUACACUUAUCUAUCUAUCAAUCUACUUAUCUAUCUAUCAAUCUAUCUAUCUAUUGCAGUCUUUUCUAAUCUAUCUAUUUAUUGUACACUUAUCUAUCUAUCUAUCUAUCAAUCUAUCUAUCUGUUGCAGUCUUUUCUAAUCUAUCUAUCUAUCUAUCUAUCUAUCUAUUGUACACUUAUCUAUCUAUCAAUCUAUCUAUCUAUUGCAGUCUUUUCUUAUCUAUCUAUCUAUCUAUCUAUCUAUUGUAGACUUAUCUAUCUAUCUAUUAAUCUAUCUAUCUAUUGCAGACUUUUCUUAUCUAUCUAUGCUUUUAUAUAUAUUUUACCGGGAAUGAUCUAUCUAUCUAUCUAUCUAUCUAUCUAUCUAUCUAUCUAUCUAUCUAUCUAA